UAAUGAAAAGAUGUUUUACUGUUCAAUUAAAAGAUUUAGAGUAGACAGGGAAAGUAAUUCAUUUGAAUAAACAAAAUAAUAAACCUGAUGUUGAAUAAUUUACUCCAAUUCCAACCUCACCUGUUCUAGGUCCAAUAAAAAUAGAGGAUCCUAAAGUUUCUAAUAAGACUUAUAGAUGGUGUUCAUGUGGAUUAAGUUAGAAAUAAGUAUAUAACAAUAUUUAAUUUAGCCUUUAUGUGAUGGCUCUCAUUAAGGAACAUCAUUCAAACCAUAUAGAUUUACUUUAGAAUAAGAAACAGAUUCUUUAGAAUUAUGUGGAUGCAAAUUAACAAAAAGUGUACCAUUUUGUGAUGGAUAAACUUGUGUUAAUCUUAGGAAAUAAUCUGGUUAACCAUGAG